ACGGCGGCGGAGGCUAUGGCGGACGCACCUUCCCCUCGCCUCGACGAAGACGAAACCUUCGGCCGCGACUUCAACGCCUCGCCCUCCCGCAGCGCCGCGCCCGCCCGUUCCGGCGAGAAGAGGCCGUUCGGGGAUCUGGAUGAGGAUGAAGACGACGUCUUCGCUUCCAAGAAGGGUAAGAAGGUGGAGGAGAGCGCGCCGGGUGCUGCCACAGGAAUGAUUCUGUCUCUUCGGGAAAGUUUGCAGAGCUGCAAAGAAAAUCUUGAAACAAACCAGGUGGAACUGGAAGCUGCUAAGUCGGAAAUUCAGAAGUGGCAUUCAGCAUUUCAGAACAUUCCAGCUGUACCUGCAGGAACCAAUCCAGAGCCUGUUUCAGUGGUUACUUAUCUAAGUAACCUAAAGUCGUCAGAGGAGUCACUGAAGGAGCAGCUGGAGAAAGCAAAGAAAAGAGAGGCUGCUUUUAUUGUAACAUUUGCAAAACGAGAACAAGAGAUUGCAGAAUUAAAGUCUGCAGUUAGGGAUUUGAAAACACAGUUGAGGCCACCGUCAAUGCAGACGAGGCGAUUAUUGCUUGACCCAGCAAUUCACGAGGAAUUUACACGGUUAAAGAAUCUUGCAGAAGAAAAGGAGAAGAAAAUAAAAGAGCUACAGGACAAUGUUGCUGCUGUCAAUUUUACUCCAUCCAGCAAGCAUGGGAAAAUGCUAAUGGCCAAGUGUAGAACACUGCAAGAGGAAAAUGAAGAGAUUGGGGCGAUGGCUUCUGAAGGAAAAAUCCAUGAACUUGGAAUGAAAAUCGCAGUUCUGAAGACCCAGAACAAUGAGCUAAGGAAUCAGUUCGAUGCGUUGUACAAGCACAUGGAUGGCUUAACAAAUGAUGUCGAGAGGUCAAAUGAAAUGGUGUCCAUCCUGCAAGAGGAGUUAGAAGCUAGAGAUGUAGAGCUGACAAGGCUGAAGGAGAUGCUUUCCCAGAAAGGGGCAACUGAGGACACACCAGCUGAAGAAACAAACGAAGCUGCAGAUGAUAUGAACGCUACUACUUCUGACCCGCAGCCGAUCAAACUAGAGGCCUAAGGCU